GCCGACACCCUCCCUCCACUUGUAGUCAACGAAGCCAAAACAGCAAAGACGGUAAGACACCAGAACUAGCCCGACUUCAUUUCAACUCAAAGCUUUUGUGCUGCAUCAUUCGUGGACGGGAAAGAGAAGGCAAAUGAGUGAGAGUUUUUGAAAAUGGCCUUCGAUCCAUCGGCUACCCCGUUGGACGAGAUCCAUUGGCGUGCGCCGAUCAAGGCCGAGGGCGGCCUACACAACAACAGCGUUCUCUACUACUUUGCCGAGUCGCCGUUUUUCGACAAGACCUCAAACAAUGAGGUCGUUUUCCAGCAGGGUCUGAACAACCAGCACAUGUGGCAGUACCUGGAGACGCGUGAGGCGUUUGAGAGCCGCCUGCGCAGCAUGUCCGGUCUCGAGUUCAUUGUCGCCCAGGAGCCUGCUGAGACGGGCCCUGGAGCCGGCACGGGAAUUUGGGUUAUCAACAAGCAAACUCGCCGCAAGCGCCAGGGUGAGGAUGACGAGGUCAUCGUUCAUGCCACCUAUUUUCUCGACGGCGAGAACAUCUACAUAGCCCCGACCCUGGCUGACAUCCUCAGCUCGAGAAUUGCGGCCAUCUCCAACUCGAUUGAGAAGAUCUUGCCCAUUGCCAACAGCGUCCAGACCUGGACCCCCGCCCAGGGACGCGUGUACCAGGCCCCGACCAGCCAGCAGGCCGGCACCGCCAGUGGUACUGGCAAGAACCGCGACGCGUCCAAGGAUGGAACGCCGAUGCUUGAGGGUAUGAGCAAAGCAGCACCCGCCGCUGCCAUGGCGAGCAUCAACACGCCUCCGGACAUGAGUCUGGUCGAGGAGUCGCUCAUGAUCCACGAGCGCUACGGCGGCGACUACAUGGACGAGAACCCCAUCACGGGCAAGCCAGGCGACUUCCACCUGUCGUCAACGGGCCGCAAGGACAAGCACCCACAGCAGCCAGGUGGCGGCGCAGCCAGGAACGCGGCCCCCCUCACUCUCAAGGACGCCGCCCUUCCGGCCCUCGACACCAAGGUCGGCGGUGAUGGCAAUGCCAACAAUCCCCUGGCCAAGAAUGCCAACACGGGUAAGGAGACAAAGAGCCCCAAGACGCCGGGCUUGCCCAAGCCUAAGCGCCGCAAGAGCAAGAUCGGCAGCACCCCUUCGUGAUUUUUUUUGUCUAGUGGUUGCCAGAAAAUUAAACAGAAAGAUAUGGACCCAGGCUUGCAGUCAUCGGAUGAAUCAGCCGAUAGUUACUAAGUUCUAGGUCAUGCGAUGCUUUCGGCGUUACGGAUUCGGCGGAUGAUACCAAAGCUUGAUAUCCCAGGGUUCGGGAGUUUGGGCAGGAAAAGGCAUGUACAUACAACUAUAGAUGUGAUAACUGAAUAAAGGGUGCAUUUCUCCCA